AUAUAAUAUAUUUUAGAAAUUACAUUUUCAGAAACUAAUUAUUUUAAAAAGUACUACAGCAAAAAACAUCUAAUCAAUAUUUCUAGUAAAGUACACAAUUAUUUAGUACAUAGCUAGGUUACACCCGCUACUAUCAGCGUAUGUCAAAUAUAAUAUAACAAUACGAUUAAGGCCUCUCUUGUAAUCCUCACUCUCUGAGCUCAUUUAACACGCUAUUAAAUCUUAGACACUCAUAAGAUCAGUCCUGAAUGUGUGUGGAACACAACGGCAUAAUUACACGUGGAACGUAAGUAUAUACCAAUAUUUGUAUUUGCACUUUUGAAGUUAAAUAGUUUACGUUAUCGCUUAUCAACGAAUGCUCAUGUGCAUUAAUGUUUAGGAAAUUAUUGUUUCGCAAUUAAACGGAAACGAGUAAUAAAGCAUGACCGGAAACUCCGAUGACUUCAAUGCCGAUGAGCUGCAGACGCCCGAAUGGAUGAACACAGAUUUUUUCUUGAAAGUGCUAAAGAACUGUGAGCAGAAAACAAGCAAAAUAGAAAUUGUGAAUGUGAGCAUUUCACCAGCUUCCAUGAAGGGUGAUCACUAUGCGAGCGUGAUAUUUCGUGCGCUGCUGGAAUUUCAAGUGAACGGUGUUCGCAAAACCAAAUCUGUGAUUUUGAAAACUAUGCCAGAAAGCGAUGGACAUAAGAAGGAGAUGCUAGGCAAGACGGAUAUUUUUGAAAAGGAAAUAAACAUGUAUACUAAGGUUCUACCGCGCUUCGAAAAGAUCUUGCGCGACUCUGGUGAUAAUACAGUGCUGAAAGUACCGUGUUUAUACAGCGCUUUGAUGCCUAAGAAAGUAAUUGUUUUUGAAGACCUAGUGUCCGCCGGCUAUGAGGUAGUGCGUGAUCGAACUCUGAACGAAAAAGAAGUGAAAGCAGCCUAUGCUAUGUUGGCCAAGUGGCAUGCCAUCAGUUACAAAAUCAAUCUAGAGGAGCCGCAGUAUUUUGACGAAUUUCAGAGGGGCGUAUUCAACAUGUCCAACAUAGCCAAUGAGCCAUUUAUGACUAGCGGUAUAAUAAAUUUCGUAGAUCUACUGAGAAAAACACCUUCUUUACACGCUUAUUUGCCAUAUUUUGAGCAAUUGAAACCCAAGCUCCUGGAAAGUUGUCGCGAAUCUUAUGCCGAGUACCGUGAAUCGCCGAAAGAGGGCGCAUGCUAUGUUCUUUCUCAUGGUGAUUUUCAUGGCAAAAAUAUGAUGUUUAAACAUCAAAAUGAAAGUGAUGAAAUGGUGAAUGUUAUGCUUUUGGAUUUCCAAAUUUGUUACGUGGGUCCGAAUGUCAAUGAUUUGAUAUAUUCCAUUUACUGUUUAUUAGAUGAAAACUUACGCUUAGAUUUUCCAGCACUGUUGUACUACUAUUAUACUAUUUUCAAAGAUACUUUAGCCAAUAUCGGUUUUAAGGGCACUUCACCGACACUUAUGCAGAUAAGACACCAGUACAUGCGCCAUAAAAAUUUGGAACUUUUCCUUUUGGUGACAUUUUUGCCUUUGUGGUACGCAUUGAAUGAAAAGGCUGACAUGGAAGACAUGAUGACAUCCGACGAAUAUCGGCGCUCUCUGUACAACUCUAAGGAUUAUAUAAAAUAUUUGGAGCACGUUUUACCACGUUACCUGCAUUUAGGCUAUUUGGAGGAAUAAUUGUCAUGACAACAAUAAAAACCAAAUUACUACAAAUUUAUAGCAAUCAUUAUAAUUAUGAUGUAUAUUUUCAAAUUGA